AUGAUAACGAGCAAGAAUUAUUGGGCGUGUGGACCACCUCCGAAUAUUCCAACGGCAACUGCUGUGACUCUAGCGCCACCAUCAAAUUGUCCCUAUCCAUAUCACCAAGCAUUAGAUCCUCAAAACCGGACAUCUCCAAAAACCCUAAGGAGCUCAUUUCCCGGUGAUCCUCAAAACCGGCCAAAUCCCGGUCCAACAAGCCGCUGUUUGGCAUGCCCGAAAACAUUGAAAAUGAUGACGUGUCAUCCAUCAUCAUCUUCUCCGGUUUUCUCUUCUCCUCCAUGGAUCUUUUUUUAUCACAAGCAUAUGAGAGAGAGAGAGAGAGAGAGAGAGAGAGAGAUUUGUGUAUGGUCUUUGGAAGGAUUCGAGAAGAUGUGA